AUGGACAAGCCUGCCUCGCGCAGCCCCGAGGUGCUACCCCUGCCCGGCUUGGCAGCCCCGGGCCGAGUCCCAGAAGCACAGUCACCACCGCUGGCCGCUGCCGAUGAAGCGACGCCCAAGGAGCCGGUUUCAUGCUUGAUCGAAUCCGACGCUGAGAUAUCGGAAAAGCCCGUAGCUGAUGGUGGUAGUCGUGACGUUUCUGGCGACGCGAGCGCCCUGACGACGGACCAGGGGGAUCAGGAGGAAGAGUACAUCACAGGCGUUAGGCUCGUCCUCGUCCUCGCGGCGUUGACGUUUGUCGUGUUCCUCAUGCUCCUCGACAUGUCCAUCAUCACGACGGCCAUCCCCGAGAUCACGACAGCGUUCAACUCGCUGGCCGACGUGGGCUGGUACGGCGCGGCCUACAACCUAUGCGGCGCCGCGCUGCAGCCGUUCGCGGGGAAGCUGUACACCCACCUGCGUUCCAAGCAGACGUUCCUCGGCUUCCUCUUCGUCUUUGAGGUGGGAUCGCUGAUCUGCGCCGUGGCCCGGUCGUCAGACGUCUUCAUCGUCGGGCGCGCCGUCGCGGGGAUGGGGUCCGCCGGGCUGUUCAACGGCGCGCUGACCAUCAUCGGCGCGACGGUGCCGCUGCAGCGGAGGCCCUUCAUCGUCGGCGUCUUGAUCGGGGUUUCGAACCUGGGCCUCGUCGCCGGGCCGCUCGUCGGGGGGGCGUUCACCGAGUUUGCGAACUGGAGGUGGUGCUUCUAUAUCAACCUUCCGAUCGGCGCCGUCGUCGCCGUUCUUCUGUUCCUAAUCCACAUUCCCUCCAAGAUCACAAACCCCCUCGCGCUCAGCCAGCUGCCCCGUCACCUCGACCUCCCGGGCUUCGCCCUCUUCGCCCCCGCGGCGAUCAUGUUCCUCCUGGCCCUGCAGUUCGGGGGCAAUGAGCACCCGUGGGACUCCGCCGUUGUCAUCGGCCUAUUCGUCGGCGCGGGCGUGACGGCGGCGUUGUUUCUCUACUGGGAACGCAGGCAGGGCGACGACAAGGCCAUGAUCCCCCUGGGCCUGUUCAAGAGCAGGAUCGUGUGGGUGAGCGGGGUGGUCGGCGCAUUCAACAUGAGCAUCGCGCUGGUGUCGAGCUAUUACCUGCCAAUGUACUUCCAGAGCGUCAAGGGGGCGACGCCGUUCCAGGGCGGGGUCGACGUUCUGCCGACCAUCCUAGGCCAGCUGGUGUUUGCGGUAGUGUCCGGGGCGCUGGUCGGCAAACUGGGAUACUAUCUCCCCUGGGUUGUCUUUGGUGCCGUUGCGUCCACAAUCGGCAACGGGCUCAUCUCGACGUGGACGCCGUCCACAGGCUCCGGGAGGUGGAUAGGCUAUCAGGUCCUCCUCGGGGCGGGCCGCGGCGCCAGCAUGCAGAUGCACAUCAUCGCGGUUCAGGCGAACUCGCCCCCGGCGCGCCUCUCCGUGUCGAUGGCGACCCUGGUGUUCAUGCAAACCUUUGCUGGCGCCAUCUUCCUGACGGCCGGCGAGGUCAUCUUCAGUGAGGGGCUGGGCAACAACCUGGCAAAGUACGCCCCGGCCGUGGAUGCGAGGACCGUCCUGGUGGCUGGGGGCACCGGCUUCAGAGACGUUGUCCCCGAAGCGGACCUCCCCGGCGUCGUCAUGGCGUACUCGAAGAGCGUCAGCGAGGUGUUUUACCUGCUCGCUGGGCUGGGCGUUGUCUGCUUUGGGCUUGCCUGGGCUAUGGGAUGGACUGACAUCCGUAAGAAGGAGGCCGGGAAGAAGGGUGAUGUUUAAAGU